AUGCAAAAGUACUUGGAUAAAGUAAAGGCCCAAGUUGCAAAGCUACAAAGCUUUAGUAUUGUCAGGAUCCCAAGGGAGGAGAACAUUGAAGCUGAUUAUUUGGCAAAAUUGGCCACGGUUAAGGAGGAUGCUAUUCCACGAAACACCCCUGUACGAUACUUGGAAUUACCAAGUAUCUCUACCCCAAACGUACAAAUUCAAGCUAUUGACUACAGCACUUCAUGGAUGGGCCCCAUAGUUGAGUACAUAACAAAUGAGACCUUACCAGACAACAAGGACAAAGCUAGGCAGCUCAAGAUCAGGGCUGCAAAAUACUUAAUGUUGGGAGAUGUGCUGUAUAGAAAGAGCUUCUCAUUACCAUACCUUAGAUGUUUGACCACGGCAGAAUCUAUACGGGUUAUGGAAGAGGUCCACCAAGGGGUAUGUGGGGACCACCAAGGUAGCCGCAUGUUGGCCUAUAAACUCCUUAGGUUGGGGUACUACUGGCCAAGCAUACAAAAGGAUUGCAACUCUAUGGUCCAAAAAUGUGAGAAAUGCCAACACUUUGCAAACAUCAUUCAUGGAUCCCCCAUGGCCCUAACUCCAAUGAAAGGACCCUGGCCAUUUGCCCAGUGGGGAGUAGACUUAAUUGGCCCACUUCCAAUGGCAGCAGGCCAGGGAAUACACGUACAUUAUGCAUCCAAAGCUCACCCAAAAGCCAAUGGCCAAGUGAAAGUCACAAAUCGAACAAUUAAGAAAGGAAUCAAGAAGAGACUACGAGAAGCUAAAGGAGCUUGGCCAGAUGAGUUAUACAAUGUGCUAUGGGCAUAUCAUACAACACCCCGAACUGUAACUGGAGAAACUCCAUAUUCUCUAGCAUUUGGGGCCGAGGCAGUAGUCCCAAUUGAAAUUGAACUCUUCAACUAUAGGACCGUAAGCACGGACCACUAG